CCCAUUGACUGAGUAACCAAACUUCGGGCUUACGGGACUUUGGUUACCUAAAAUGGGGUUCGUUCAAUGUUGUCCUGCACACUGAUUUCGUGAAUUUUGUGAAUAAAGAAAACUAUGGAAAGACUAUGGAAAGAAGCUCCUAAAAAAAGUGGAUAAAGACGUGGUUUGAACACGGGAGGUGGAAUAGAAGUGAGAAGAUACAGGUUAAUUCCGGCUGCCCCAUCUGUGUGCCAGAAGAACGCAGGGAGAGAGAUUGGAAAUUCUCGAACCCACAACGGGACGGUCUCGUUUUCAGUCACCGAGCUUCCAAAAGUCCCUGAGGAUCAAGUCAACAAACUGAUGCAGACUUCUUCAACUUUUCAUAAAAGGGCGUCGUGUCCUGCCCUGUAACCCGAGCAGAGCACCAAUGCCAGUGGACAUGCAGCCACAUCAGAGGCUGUAUCAUUAUGAGUCUCCACCCAACCAGCCGCCCAGAGGUCUUACUCCAUCAGGAAGGUCACCCUACAGUGAUGUGUCAUCGCUCCGCGCUCCACUCCACAACGGCCAGCCUCUGGACUGCAGGAACAUGUACAACCAUAUGACCCCUAACCCCAUGACCCCUAACCCCAGGACCAACCCUAACUCUGGGGUCAACCCCAUGGACCAGUACAUGCGGCCCCCUCUGGCCCCCCCACUGCACAGCAUGAUGGGACACCGCGGCAUGAAUCAGUCCUCCGAUGGUGGUAACAGCUCUCCCUACUGUCAGAACAACCUCAUGUCAUCCCACUAUGGCUUCCCCCACGGCCACGGGUCAGACCACAUGGGAGGCGGUUCGCGGUUCUCCACGCCUCGCUCCAUGCUGAAGCUGAGUAAGAAGCGUGCUCUGUCCAUCUCUCCUCUGUCGGACGCCAGCAUGGACCUCCACACGGUCAUCAGGACCUCUCCUAACUCACUGGUGGCAUUUGUCAACUCACGCUGUGGACCCAACGGAGGCUCCUCCUACGGACAUCUGUCUGUUGGUGCUAUGAGUCCGUCUAUGGGUCUCUCCAACUCCAUCAACUACCAGUCCAGACAACAAGGCUCAAUGUACGGCGGACACACCCCAGGACCCUGCCACGCCCCUCCCGGCAGAAUACCCCCACACAACCCCCGACUCCACGCACCCAAACAUGGACACCUGAAGACAGAACCCGGGCUGGGCAGUGUGAUGGAUGGGAUGAAUAUCAAGUGUCUGGAGGAGCGAUCCGAGGGAGACAUGGUCAGCCCCUCUUCCACUGGCACACAGGGACAGGAGCAGCUAGUGCACCACAUCAACAACGAGCACAUCCACGGAGAGAAGAAGGAGUUUGUGUGCCACUGGCAGGAGUGUUCCAGGGAGCAGAGACCUUUCAAGGCCCAGUACAUGCUGGUGGUUCACAUGCGCAGGCACACAGGAGAGAAACCACAUAAGUGUACUUUUGAGGGCUGUAAUAAGGCCUACUCUCGCCUGGAGAACCUGAAGACCCACCUGAGGUCUCAUACGGGGGAGAAGCCGUACGUCUGUGAACACGAGGGCUGCAACAAAGCCUUCUCCAACGCCUCGGACAGAGCCAAGCACCAGAACCGCACACAUUCAAACGAGAAGCCUUACGUGUGUAAGAUCUCUGGGUGUACUAAGCGCUACACUGACCCCAGCUCUCUGCGGAAGCACGUGAAGACAGUCCACGGCCCUGAGGCUCACAUCACCAAGAAGCAUAGAGGAGACACUGGGCCUCGGCAGCCAGGCUCAUCACUGACCUCUGGUGGACAGCGUGGUGAACUGCUGCUGGAGAAAGAGGAGGCUGGACACAGAGACGACUGCAAACUGCUGGCACCUGAGAGCACUCUGAAGUCUCAGCCCAGCCCGGGUGGCCAGUCUUCCUGCAGUAGCGAGCGCUCUCCACUGGGGAGCGCCAACAACAACGACAGCGGUGUGGAGAUGAACCUGAAUGCAGCUGGCAGUCUGGAGGACCUGACCGCUCUGGAGGACGGAGGGGCAGGAGGAGGCUGCGAGGCGGGAGGCUCAGGGGCAGGGAUGGGGGGUAUGUCAGCACAUGCCCUGAAGAGACUAGAGAACCUGAAGAUAGAGAAGCUGAAACAGAUCAGAAGGCCAACUCCGCCCGGAUGCUGCGGUGGGGGGAACAAGCUGCCUGCACUCACAGGGGAGAUGAUGGGAGGGAUGUGUUCUCCCUCGCCCCUCCUCUCCAACCGCCGAGUCAUGGAACUGUCCAAUCACGAGCUGGGGGGUGGAUCCUCUGGCAUGGUCUGUCCUAUCAGUGACCGGAGGGGGAGUGGCACCAGCAGCAUGAGCUCGGCCUACACAGUGAGCCGCCGUUCUUCCAUGGUUUCCCCCUACCUCUCCAGCCGGCGCUCCAGCGAGGUCUCCCAGCUAGGAGGAGGAGGAGCAGGGUUCCUGGGUUCUGACCAGGGAGGAGGUGACCCCCUUCCCCCUGAGACCAGCUGCAGAGGAGGACCCUGCCGUGGUGUAGGUGGGGCAGGAGGAGGGUUACCAGAAAUGUCUAGUCUCACGCCAGCCCAGCAGUACAGCCUGAAGGCUAAGUAUGCAGCAGCCACUGGCGGCCCACCCCCCACCCCACUACCCAGUAUGGAGCAGGGACCAGGAACACAGAGGAGGAGAGGAGGCUUCCUCAGCGAGUACCAGGGUCAGCCGCUGCCAGCGUUCCUGCAGUAUGGCGGUCCCAGGAGACAAAGUGCCAACACGGGAGAGUAUGGCACUGGGGUCAUCUACCCCCACCAAGCCCCAGGGAAUGCCACCCGGCGCUCCAGUGACCCCGUCCGCUCCACUGGCAACCCCCAUGCCCUUCCCAAGGUGCAACGCUUCAAUAGCCUGAACAACCUGGCCAUGAUGGGCCGGAGGAAUGCCCUGCAGAAUUGUGGGUCAGACGCCAACAUCACCCGCCAUAUGUUAUCCCCGCGGCCACCCAGCAUCACAGAGAACGUCAUGAUGGAGGCCAUGGCCAUGGACGCCCAUGGUGGAACCGUGGAUGCCAGGGACAAUGGCAUGAUGCUUCCCCCAGGAGAGAGAGGCUUCCUGGGCUACCAGAACCACCACAUGGGGGGUCCCUCCAGCCAGUUAUCACCCAGCCACGACAGCCUGGGCUGCCCAGAGCAGGGCUAUCAGCGAGCGACAGAGACGUCCAUGCAGGGUGGGCACUACCAGGGUACUACCAGGGGACCAGGCCAGGGCCAGAUGGGGCAAGGGGGACCCAUCCACCCAGAGGGGAUGUCCAACUCCUUGCUACAGCAGGCUGAGUACAGCAUGAGUACCUGCCAGCUCAGCCCCUCUGAACCACACUACCCCCGCGUGGGCCAGGGAGGGCCCGAUGGAGGUGCAGGGCCCUGGGAGGAGACCAGUCAGGUCCAGACCCCUCAUGGAGCUCUCCAGACAAGGAUGCAGUACCAGGACCAGGGCUCUAUGCUGGGCCAAGCCCAGACACAGGGUCUCUACAGCAGCCAGCAGAGUCUGUACACCCAAGGCCCAGAUGGAGGCCACCAGAAUCUGAACAUCAAACCAGAGCAGCAGCAGUAUCAUCCAGCCCUUGCCAACCCAGACGCCUGCCAAAAGCAGCUCCACCAACAACAGCAGAGGCCCCACCCAGGGCAGACACCCAUGCCCAUGGGACCCAUGUCCCCUCAGAGUUACCCCCAGCAGGGGCAACCUGGCCAAGGCAUGAUGAGGACUACUAACCCCUCCUGUAACUUCCAUGGUGGAGGGAUGGAGAACCAGAACCAGGCCUCCAUGCAACAGGGGCAGCAGCAAAGCGGGGGCCUCAACGUGGGGUCGGCUGGUCUGGGGCCUGGGGGCCGGUCUCAGACACCAAUGAUGCAGGUGAAGGAGAUGAUGGUGAGGAACUAUGUGCAGUCCCAGCAGGCUCUGCUGUGGGGUCAGGAGCAGGACCAGAGUGGGAUAGCAGCAGAGGGAAACCCCCUUCCCCUGUCAGACAGCAUGGACAUGACAGGACAACAGGGCAAUAAGUCUGCGUCCCUAGCCUACCUUCAUGAGUCGACCCCCAUCUCCAAUGCUCUGGAGAACGUGGAUCUGGAUAAUGCCCAGAUAGACUUUACCUCCAUCAUUGAUGACCCAGAUCCCUCGUCCUUCAGCCCCGUCAAUCCACCUCUCCAUGGAGGUUCAUCCCAGACCUCGUCCCGUCUCACCACCCCACAGACCUCCACCACCCUGCCCUCCUAUGUGCUCCCCAACAUGGCUGUAGGGGACAUGACCUCCAUGCUCACCUCUCUGGCUGAUGAGAACAAGUACCUGAAUACUUUGUCUUAGAACCUGAACACACUCAUAAAGUUGACUAGAGGGGCUCAUCCAUCUGUCUUAAGAGACUAAGUAGCUGAAGAUACUGUCGUAGUACAAGUACCUAGACUGUCCUAGAGUGGACCCUAGGGCCACAGCCCGUUGGUGUUAGCUUACCUCUUAACAUAAAGUUACAGGAAAUGACUUGUGUAGAGUAAAGGUACUGACAAUAUGUCCCCUUUCUCUCUCACACAGACGUUUUCUGUCCCUGGCCAGGAUGGACAGAUACACAAUAGGUACUCCUUAGAGGACUUUAAACCAAACCAAAGGUGCCUACUGAUCUUGAUCACUGUGUUCUCUUGUCUCACGAGAAGAUGACUGACUUUGGAGUUGCUUGGUACAAUACUGUUGCUUGGUACAAUACUGUUGCUCGGUACAAUACUGUUGCUUGGUACAAUACUGUUGCUCGGUACAAUACUGUUGCUCGGUACAAUACUGUUGCUUGGUACAAUACUGUUGCUUGGUACAAUACUGUUGCUUGGUACAAUACUGUUGCUUGGUACAAUACUGUUGCUUGGUACGUAACUGUUGCUUGGAACAACACUUUUGUUUGGUACAAAACCGUUGCUUGACGCAGAACUGUUUGCCUGAAAUGACUGUCAUCACCAUAACGACGUCAUCGCCAUAACGACGUCAUCACCGUAAGGACAUCAUCACCAUAAUGACGGUGAUUUCAGUCAUAGAGGUUAUUUAGGGCAACAGAGAGGGUACUACGAUGUAAAUAAGUUAUACAUGUAUAUGCUGUGUAUAUGACAAUGUUGACAGUGACAGUGAUGGAACUCUAAUGUCUGUCUCGUGGACCGCUUGUGGAAUUCCAAGGCCUAACUCUUCUGUAAUGAGAACUGAGAAAAACAGAGCUGUUCCAAGGAAGAAUGUAAAAAAAAAAAAUACUGAUAGACACCUGAGUGCUUUGAAGAUCAAUCUAUAUUCCCAGGGACACACUCCUGUCAGGGACACACUCCUGUCAGGGACACACUCACACGAUAGUGAUGUCACACACACAUAAUGAUGACACACACACACAAUAGUG